AUGCCUGCCUCUAUACACAUAUCUCUAACUCGGCAAGCUCAUCUUCAUGAGGAAGAGUAUAAGAACCAAUUAUCUGAAGUUGAUGCAUUGGAGGACAAGCUGAAGGAGCUGGAGGGAAUAUGUAAUCCCAUUAUUGCUAAGAUGUUUGAGGGUGGUGGUGGAGCUGCUGGAGGUGAUAUGCCUAUGGGUGGUAACUAUGGUUGUGGUUCUACUGGAAGUGAUGGUGGCCAAGGCCCAAAGACUGAGGAGGUCAAUUGA